AUGCAGUCCCAUCUCACCAGAAGGGUCUUUCGCGCACUUAUUAACAAUGAACCACUUCGUUUCUCGCAAUGCCAUCGGAAUCGGCUGCUACAUACCAUAGCUCCUCUACGUGUACGAGGUCCUCUUCCCGGUCUCCCACAUAUGUCACGACGCACUCUGUUCUCCUUCAACACGUCCCAAAACACCGAGGCAGAUUCAACCACUCUACAAUCCGAGAAAGGUCUCAAGCCUAUGGCGGAUUUGAUGAGAUCUCUUGUCGGUAGAAACAGACCUCCUCCUAAUGAGGUCCUCGCAAAGGCAUUUCAGGUAUUUUUCGCUACACGACUUGAGACACCAGGAAUUAUCAAUCUCUUUCAGGCUCGCCUCCUGAACACCACUUGGAAACAUUUGAAGAAGCAACAAAGCGAGCUAGAAGAAAAAGAGUUCCAAAAUGUCUUCUCAAUUGAGAACCUGGAGAAAAUGCUGUAUGUGCUCAACGAAUGUGAAGUUCCUCAAGAGGCUCGCGAGACUGUUCUGCGCAUUGGACGAUUUGCAUAUCUUGAACUUUGUGCGGAUCAUGGAUUUGGCGCGAACAAGAUUAGUAGAGAAGCUAUCAUUCUCUACGUUAAUCUCACGGCUAUGAAUGGAAAUCCUGAAGAGGCCAGACAUACUGUGUUGAAGUACAUGGGCCAAAUGCGCAAUGCUAGGCCAUCGCCUUGGCUCACCGUGCUCAAGGGAUUUGCCCUGAAAGACGAUAUGCGGCUGGUCCGGCAAAUCGUUCAAGAUUUUGAGAAACACGGCAAUGAAUUUGACAGCAAUUCUCAUCUCGAACUGCUCAAAUUCCUUAUUGGCCAGGACCAGCUUCAUGCAGUCCAGACUGUCUACAAUUUCUCGAUCUCCGGCCAACCCGAACCUUCCUUGGCCGCGAAAGAGGCUGUGAUCAAAUAUUGUAUCUUCAAGUCUCAACUCGAGUGGGCUUCCACGAUCUAUGAGACUCUCCCUCGCCAUCCCAGUUCGGAAACUGCAAGGAUUAUGCUGCUCUGGGAAGCUGCACAAGAAAGCAACGCUUCUGAUAUUGCAUUGAAGGCUGACACAUGGGUUGCAAAUAACCCGUCACUCAAGACAUCCAUCACAAUUGAGACUAUCAAUGAUUUGCUCAAGUUGGCCAACGUUCUUGAUAGACCCCAGUUGACUGCCGAUUUCAUGAAGCUAUCAGAGAAAUGGGGCCUCACGCCGAAUGAGCAAUCUUACAGUUUGCAAAUGGAAUCCCACAUCCAGGCUGGUAAUGUCAAGGAAACGUUAGAACUUUUGGAGGACAAGGUUGACCCAGCCUCCCUCGCAACUGCAAAUCUACCCCUUGCAAACAAACUCAUCACAAUGCUUUGCCGCUCGGAGGAAAAGGACGCCUUGUUCCAGCAAAUUUCCUCCCUGCUUGACCCUCUCUUCCAGGACAAUGUGCGCCUGGACCCCAAGACCGUUGCCGCAUUGACACAUAUGCUCCUCUACCGACAUGAUUUGGAGGCUGUUUCAGAUCUUUUGCGUCCAAGGCUGGGUGACUACGACGACGAAAUGAAAAUGUUGGUUCGAACCGCGCUCACCGACUUCAUUUUGGACAUGAACCAGGCCGAUACAGAGGUAUCAAAUGCCUAUGAGCUCCUGAAAAUUGCAUUCCCAGAGACUGGUGUUCCGAUGCGAACCAAAAUUAUGUCCUCUUUCUUCGAACGCGAGCGCAGUGAUCUUGCCGUCCAGGUAUUUGGGCACAUGCGUCAGGCUGAACAAUGGGCCCGUCGUCCUAGGCCGGACACCUACGCCCGCUGCUUCCAAGGAUUAUCUCGCACGGCCGAUGCUACCAAUCUGGAACUCGUGCACAACAUGCUGAAGCUGGACACCCAGGUUGACCUGACUACCAGAAUUCUGAAUGGUCUGAUGAUGGCUUAUACUGCGUGCGAAAUGCCAGAGAAGAGUAUGGAUAUCUUCAGACAAAUCCUCCAGUCCGAAGAGGGUCCUACUCGUCACACUAUCAGAAUAUUCUUCAAGGUCUGCGAAAAGCACCACAACGGGGCCCAAGAAGCUUUGAAAAUGUUUUCAAAGGUCAAGAAGUUGGAGAUCUCUCUUGAUCGCCCGCUAUACUCCGCAUACAUGGAAGCCGUGGCAGCGCAGUGCGAAUUUGACCUCGCAACCGAAGUCAUCAACAACAUGGAAGCCGAGGUCGGAGUUCUUCCAACCAGCAAUACUAUCGGGUUAUUCUAUAACGCUAUCCCAUACCAGUACUGGAAGGACGAUGUUGAGAAGUGGGCAAUUGAAAAGUACCCCGAGCUCUGGGAACAUCUGGUUAAGACGAAUCGCACUGAGCACGAAGAAGGACUCAAGUUCGAUGGCAUCGUUAAUGAGGUGGUGAUUUAA